AUGCCCCCGGGCCUUGCGCCUCGUGCCUCGGGCUCGGCCGCCCGCCUCGCGCGCCCCCCCCUUCAACCACCCACUCCGUCCGCCGGAGCGGCCAACUCCCCCGCCCGCGCCAACUGGCACCCCAUGCCCCCUUCCCCAUCCCCCUCUGUGGGGCCCGAAGCCCCGCCGGCGGCCCCCUCACCCCGGGGCUGA